UUUGUCCAACACUUAAGAAUAGAGAUUCCCAGUGAAAUCUUUCACUAUAAACAGAUAGACGGAAGUGUACAUGUUAUAAGAAUUUUGGAUUUUGUGACAUGGGGAAGUUAAAAGCCUUCUUCAUUGAGCUUGAAAAUUCCGAUGGCGUUUUCUCUCCAGGGCAGACCAUAAAUGGAAAACUUGUUAUUGAACUGAAUGAAGAGAUGAAAAUGAGGGAAAUAAGAUGGACAAUCAAGGGACUAGCGUAUGUUCACUGGUCAGAAUCAAAAACUACCGGAACAGGAGGUAACAGCAGGACGGAAACCGUAUAUUACACUGCGACUGAGAACUACUUCGACUACACCGAGCCUGUGUUUGGACGAGGAGUGGAGAUGGGUGACAAAAACUGUUUGCCCGCGGGACAGCACGUAUUUCCAUUCGCCUUCUCCCUGCCCCAAAAUAUCCCAUCGUCCUUUGAGGGUGGUGUUGGUUACGUCAGAUACACUAUCAAAGGAACCAUUGACAAGCCCUGGAAGUUUGAUCAUACCACGAAGAGGCCUUUCACUGUUAUUACCUCGUUAGAUUUGAACACACAGCCAACUGCAUCGCAUUCACAUCAAAACGUGGAUAUUAAAUACCUAUGUUGUUUGUGCUGCAAGUCAGGACCUAUUAUGGGGCUAUUAAAGCUGGAUAGAUCCGGAUAUGUCCCUGGUGAAGCAAUAUAUUUCAAUGCUGAAGUACAAAACAUGACCACCAGAGUCUGUAAAAUUCUGGCCAAACUAUACAUGACAACUGUAUUUCAUACUGCAAAAAAAUCAAAAACAACACAUUCUGAGGUAGCGAAAGUUGUUUAUCAGGACAUACGACCUGGCGAUACCGAAACCUGGUCUGGACGGCUCAUUGUCCCCCCAUUACCCCCAUCUCAUCUCCAGGGAUGUAGGAUUAUCGACCCCACUUACUACUUAGAGUUAAUUGUUGACCCCUCUGGACCAGCCUUUGACCUUCAUGUACCUGUGUUGGUCAUCAUUGGUACAAUACCUCUAUAUUCGGUAGUGGAGCAGUACCGAACACUACACGGAUUCUCGGCCCCUGAGCAGCCAGAAUUGCCUCCGACCCAUACAGCAACCCCUGUUACCACAAAUGUUGGAGCAGCUCCCACGACAAAUUUGCCACCACCAAGCUACAGUGAGUGCGUGUUUGGUAAAACUAACAUCCGAGAAGAAAGCGACUCCGAGCAUACAAAAGGACAAAUGGACUUCGCUCCAGCUUACGUAUACAGGGUGUUUCACAAUAUAUGUCACACAUCUAAAUGGGCACAAUUUGAAUAUUGA